UAGAAAUAUCGUAAACCUUCUCAGUCGUUAGGGCUUUUCUCCCGGCGACCGGAGUAAAGGAGGAGUAGUGGAUGACGACUCGAAUAGCUCCGGGAGUCGGAGCCAAUCUUCUCGGCCAACACUCCGCCGAGAGGAACCAAGAAGCUACUGUUUACGUCGGUGGUCUCGAGCCCCAGCUUUCUGAAGAAUUGCUUUGGGAACUGUUCGUACAAUCCGGCCCAGUUGUUAACGUCUACGUCCCGAAAGAUAGGGUGACAGGUCUUCACCUAGGUUAUGGAUUCAUUGAGUUCCGUAGCGAGGAAGAUGCUGACUAUGCCAUUAAGGUUCUUAACAUGAUUAAGAUCCAUGGGAAGCCUAUACGUGUUAACAAGGCUUCUCAAGAUAAGAAGAGUUUGGAUGUUGGUGCUAACCUUUUCAUUGGAAACCUUGACCCUGACGUGGAUGAAAAGAUCUUGUAUGAUACUUUCAGUGCAUUUGGUGGGAUCGCUUCUAAUCCUAAGAUCAUGCGAGAUCCUGAUACAGGGAGCUCACGAGGUUUUGGUUUCAUCAGCUAUGACUCCUUUGACGCAUCUGAUGCUGCUAUUGAGGCAAUGACCGGACAGUAUCUGUGUAAUCGUCAAAUAACAGUCUCUUACGCAUACAAGAAAGACACCAAAGGAGAGCGCCAUGGUACUCCAGCAGAGAGGCUUUUGGCUGCCACAAAUCCAAUUGCCCAGAAAAGCAGACCCCAUACUCUAUUCGCAAGCGGUCCACCAACUGCUCCUCAAGCUAAUGGUAUACCACGUCCGUUUGCCAAUGGCGGCAUGCAACCUGUUCCGAUCCCGGGUCCUCGUCCAACACCGCCACCACCUCCUCCACAAGUCUACCAAACUCAGCCACCAUCUUGGCAAUCUCAGCCUCAUCAACAACAGCACGGCUUAGCGGUUCCACCGCCCAUGCAGUAUCGUCCUCCUCAAGGCAUGCCACCGCCACCACCUCCCCAGUUUCUUCAUCACCAACAAGGUUUUGGCGGUCCAAGGCCACCACCACCACCUCCUCAAGCCAUGGGAAUGAACCAACAUGGGUGGCCCCCGCAACACAUGCAGCAAGGUGGACCACCACCGCCACAACAACCAAUGCACCUCCAUCAUCACAUGUCUAUGCCUCCACCACCACCACCACACCAAGGCUGAAUUUUGUAACUCUUUUGUAAACCCUUUCUUUCAUGACAAGUAAUCUCAAGAAUUUCUCAAACUUCACUUUUAAAUUCUAAGAAAUUAUCCAAA